GUAAAUUAUCAAUUGCACUUGACGAACGCUUCAAGUUGAAUUAAAUAUAAAUUUAUUUGAAAAUGUUUGUUUUAUCUUAGAUUUGAUUAUAUUAUAUGGGUGAAACAUCGCUGAAAUUUAAUGAAAUUCGUUCAAAUUCCUAAAUUUAAAUAAUUAAAAAGUGAUGUGAUUCUUUGGUUUCAAGGUUUAGGAUAUAUUUUUUAAAAUUUAGUGACCAUGAAUGAGAGUAUAACUCCAUCAGAGCCAGGAAAAGCUAGGCGAACUGCUGGAGAUCGUCGCAAGUGGAAGAGAAACCUAGCAAAAUCUAAAAGAUACGAUCCUCCAGGGCCACCAGAAUAUCCUCGUUGCGACCAUUUGAACAAGUCUUAUAAAUGCAAGGGGCUAACAAUGAGGAUCAAAUGACAUCAAAGAAUUUCAUGCAAAUUUUUACGCAAAUCGCGAGAAGAACUCCCAGGAUGCUUUUACCAUCAAACAUGUAAAGGUAACAACUGCAAAAAGACCACGUCCUAAAAAGAAGCCUACAUCUACAAAGAAAGUUAGUACAAACUACUACAUUAGAGUUUCCGGCAUGGAGAAGUUUUGUUUAGGUGUAUGUCAGCAAACCUUUGUUGAUAUUCUUCAAAUCUCACGGAAAAGAAUUCAAGUAGAAACGUAUCAUCCAUUUUUCUCUAAGAGACCAAACGAAAACAAAAACAAAGAAUUCAAGGCUUAGCUCGAAAAUUUAUAAAUACGGGUAGAAUGCCAGUGGAUAGGAGAGGUGGAGCAAGACCUAAUCAUCUCUAUGACAGGAAGAAAACCGUUAUUAGAGGGUUUAUAGAAAAAUUGAAAUGCUGUGAAAGUCAUUAUUCUCGAGCCAUAGCAACUACAAUGAACGAAUCUCCCACAGACAUUCCUGAAAUAAAACUGUUUAAGGACAGAUGGAUUAUAUUGACGAUAUUUGUACUUGUCGCGAUCAUUAACAGCAUGCAGCUUCUGCAGUUCAGUAUAAUAGCGACGACAGUUUCCGAGUUUUAUCAAGUUGAAGAUCUACUCGUUGACCUAACCACUUUGGUAUUUUACAUGGCCUACAUAGUAUUUUUUAUUCCUGUGAGCUUUUUUAUAGAAAUAUAUAAUUUAAAAGUAACUGUGAUAACGGGCACAGGCCUAACCCUGGCCGGCAAUAUUAUGAAAGUAUUCAGCGCGAAACCGGACCGAUUCUGGUUGAUUUUGUUGGCACAGGUGCUAAUCGCAAUCGGGCAAGUGCAGAUCUACAGUCUACCCUCGAACUUGGCUACCGUAUGGUUUGGAUCCGAAGAAGUUUCCACGGCAUGUGCAAUUGCCGUUUUGGGAAUGCAAUUAGGCGCAGCAUUGGGAUGUGUGAUAUCACCAUUUGCUAUCUCAACCGAACAAAUGGAUAAAAACGAAAAUAAUUUCUUUCAAAUGUAUCUAUCUGAAGCCAUAAUUACUGGUGUAAUAUUUAUACUGGUACUGAUAUUCUUCAGGUCCAAGCCAGCAGUUGCUCCGAGCCAAUCUCAAUUAAAUCUAAUUUCCCUUGAAGAUAGCGGCAGCUUUAAGACUUAUAAAAACCACAUGAUCGAAAUAUUUAAAAAUAAGAAUUUUUGGUGGAUCGUUCUCUCUUUGGGUCUCGCUAAUGGGGUGUGGAAUUGUUUUGGGGUGGUCAUGAACAAGAUGUACUUAAACUUCUUUCCGAAUGGACAGAAUGACAUUGGAGUGAUAGGACUUCUAUCAAUAAUAUUUGGCGGAUGUAUUGGUAGUCUUGCAUUUGGAGUAUUACUGGAUAAGACUCAUCAUUUUAAGCGUAUUAGCUUUGCAGCUCUCGCAUUUUCAGCUGCCAUGUAUAUCCCAGUAACAGUGUCUAUUGUAUUACAAAGUAGAAUACCUACCUUCAUAAUUAUGCCACUGUUUGGGUUCUUUAUUGCCCCAGUAUUCAUUAUAGGAUUAGAAUAUCUUGUGGAAGUGACAUAUCCCAUACCCGAAGGCUGCAGCUCUUCGGUUUUUAAUGCAGCCUAUUAUAUAUUAGCUCUUAUUAUAACUGUUUGUGCUGAACUUGCAUUUGAUAGUAUAGGUUAUGUAUGGACAAAUGUUAUAUUUUUUAUUCUUUUAGUAAUAUCUUCUGUUUUUAUUUUAUUGGUUAAUUCUGAUUUGAAAAGAAGGGAUGCCAAUCUAAGACACUCAGAAGUGUCUAGUGAAAGAAAUAAUGAAAGUGAAUCUAGUUAGUGGAUAUUUUAAUAAAAAUGUUAAUCCUUAA